AGCCCUGCGAUCUGGCACUGGCGCCUGCGCCGCCGCAGGGGCCGCUGCUGGUUGGUCCGCACGUGGAACGUCUCCUGGUCUUGUUGACCGGGGCCCUUCGGAACCUCCAGGUUGGUGCGGUCCGGGAUUGGACGCCCGCCAUGGCGGCUACUGCGGCGGAGACGCGCGUGUUUCUGGAGGUGCGGGGACAGCUGCAGAGCGCGCUGCUGAUCCUGGGAGAACCAAAAGAAGGAGGUAUGCCCAUGAAUAUUUCCAUAAUGCCAUCUUCACUCCAGAUGAAAAUCCCUGAAAGCUGCACAGAAAUCCAGCUUCCAGCAGAGGUCAGGCUUGUACCUUCCUCUUGCCGUGGGCUACAGUUUGUUGCUGGAGAUGGACUGCACCUGCGGCUGCAGGCACAAGCAGAAUUAGGCACAAAACUGAUUUCAAUGUUUAAUCAAAGCUUGCAAGCCCAAGAAUGUUGCACGUUUUAUUGCCAAUCCUGCGGUGAAGUCAUAAUAAAAGACAGGAAGCUCCUCAGGGUGCUCCCACUGCCAAGUGAGAACUGGGGAGCUCUAGUUGGAGAAUGGUGUUGUCAUCCUGACCCCUUUGCUAAUAAACCACUUCAUCCGCAAGAGAAUGACUGUUUUAUUGGCGACUCUUUCUUCUUGGUGAAUUUAAGAACCAGUUUGUGGCAGCCAAGACCUGAACUAUCCUCGGUGGAGAUGUGCUGUGUUUCUUCUGACAACCAUCGUAAAUUGGAACCAAAGGCAAAUACCAAAGUAAUUUGUAAGCGUUGCAAGGUAAUGUUGGGAGAGACCGUGUCAUCAGAAACCACCAAGUUUUAUAUGACAGAGAUAAUUAUUCAGUCAUCUGAGAGGAGUUUUCCUAUCAUACCAAGGUCUUGGUUUGUCCAGAGUGUGAUCGCCCAGUGUCUGGUGCAGCUCUCCUCUGAUAGAAGCACUUUUAGAUUCACGAUUCAAGGUCAGGACGACAAAGUGUAUAUCUUGCUAUGGCUUUUAAAUUCAGACAGUUUGGUGAUUGAAUCUUUGAGAAAUUCCAAAUAUAUCAAAAAAUUCCCCUUGUUGGAAGACACAUUGAAAGCCGAUUCUAGUUCUGCCUGGAGUGCUGUCAAGGUCCUCUACCAGCCAUGCAUCAAAAGCAGGAAUGAAAAACUUGUCAGCUCGUGGGAAAGUGACAUCAGCGUCCACCCGCUAACCCUGCCCUCUGCAACCUGCUUGGAGCUGCUGUUGAUAUUAUCAAAGAGUAAUGCCAAUCUGCCUUCAUCCCUUCGCCAUAUGAAUUCCUUUCAGUGAGAUGCCUUGCUCUCCCUUUGCCUUCUGCCAUGAUUGUAACCUUCCUGAGGCCUUACCAGAAGUGCAUGCCAGUGCUAUGCUUCCCAUACAGCCUGCAGAACGGUGAGCCAAUUGAACUUCUUUUCUUAUAAAUUACCCAGCCUUGGGUAUUUCUUUAUAGCAGUGCAAGAACAACAUAACAUACAAGUAAACAAACACAUGGGGCCAGGUAAUAAAAAGUCAGGCUCAAGAGGUCAGGGGAGACAAUCUUCCUUAGGUUCCAAGAAGGUUAAAAAGAUUAUACUUAUCUGGAAAAAAGUGAUAUGUUAAAAUGGACUCCCUGUUGUAAAACCAGAAAGGGAGUAGCAAAAUUGAAAUGCGAAUAUACCAACGCUUAUGGGAGGACAUUCUGCUGGAUUGAUGUUGUCUCUUGACCUGAAAAUUAAGAGUACUUCUGUGUAGGUUGAAUCUCCAUUUCCCCUAGAUAGGUAACAAGUAAGCUUGCAGUUGUGCAGUGUGAUAGUCAACAUACCCAGAAUAUAUUCUAUAAGGGAUUAAGAAUCUUGAGUCUACCCUGUUGGCUUAGUAGAUUGUCAACCAAGAUUCACUCAAUCUUGACUCUACUCUGUUUCACUUAGUUCAGGUUAGCAGCCAAUCUCCAUAUGACAAUUUUGCUAAGUAUAACUGAACUCAUACUUUGAAAUGAAUUUUGGGGGAUCAGGGGCAUAUUUUGGACUGUCAUCUCAGUAGAUCUGGAAAGCAGAGCAUUGCGUCAAAGAAGAUUAUUCCUGAGGUUUAAGAUCUCAUAGAGUUUGCCUUGCUAGGUUUUGAACUUGCUUGAGGCCUGUCACUCUUUCUUUUCUCUUUUGUCUCCCUUUUGGAAUGAAACUACCUUUGCAAAGAUAAUGACAGUGAGAGAAAUCUAACAUGACUGACUCCAUCUUGCUGCUAGUCUCACAGCCUGGCUGUCCUUGCUCAUUCCUGGGUGUAGGCCAAGCUAACUUCGGGAGAAAUUUAGUUUAUAGUUUAAUCUUAAAGCAAGGAUGAUAAUAGCCCCUCCCCAAACUAAACUGCCUUUUGUAAAACUAAUGAAAGGCCAUGAGGUUAGGAUUAUGAGAGGGGCAUGAAUUUUGCUAAAAUGUAGAUGUAGUUAAAUGAUACCAACUAUUGUUCUGGAGGUCACAAGAUUUGUGACUUCCCCAAUUACUUCUGUAGAUAAUGUCACUACUGUAGAACUUAAGAUUGGUCUUUUGAGAUAUUUUUCAGACUUUUCCAUUUUGGCAAAUGACUAACCCCACUCACAGGUGACUGACCCCACCCAGAGGCAGACUCAGGGCAUAAGGACGAUUUUCCACACUGCUAUGAUUGCAUCCCCAACCCAUCAGCAGCAUCCAUUCCCUAGUCCCCUGCCCACCAAACUGUCCUUGAAAACCCCUAAACUCAGAGCCUUUUGAGAGACUGAUUUGAGUAAUAACUCCAUCUCUUGCAUGGCCAGCCUUGCAUCAAUUAAACUGUUUCUUUAUUGCAAUGCCACGGUCUCACUGAAUUGAUUUUGCCUGUGCAGCAGGUAGGAAGAACUGGUUAGGCGAUUACAGGAAUGGGAUGUCUCUUUUAUGCCUGAAUCACCAUUGUAUUUUGGAAGCACAUAACUUGUUUGGCUUCACAGGUUCACAGCUAGAGAGAAAUUUUACUUUAGGAUGAAUAGUACCUUGAGACUCACCAAUAUCACAUUUAGAUGAUAUUCAGAUGAAACUUUGGACUUUAGAUUUUAGAGUUGAUUCUGGAAUGAGUAAAGACUUUUUGGGCGGUUGGGGUGGAAUAAAUGUAUUUUUCAUGCUAGAAGGACAUGGAUUUUGGGGAAUUAGGGGCAGGAAAUUAUAGACUAAAUAUUUAUGCUCUCCCCACCAAAUUCAUAUGUUUAAUCCCCCAGUGUGAUGGUGUUUGGGGAUGGGGCUAUGGAAGGUAAUUAGGUCAUGGGGGUGCAGCCUUCAUGAUGGAAUUAGUACCCUUACAAAAAAUGAUAUGAAAGAGCUUUGCCUCUUUCUCUGCUCUCUGCCAUGUGAGGCUACAACGAGAAGAUGGCCAUCUGCAAACCAGGGAGAGGGCCCUCACAGAUACUAGAUCUGCCAGUGGCUUGAUCUUGGACUCCCCAGCCUGCAGAACUGUGAGAAAUAAAUGUCUGUUGUUUAAACCACCCAGUCUCUGGUAUU